AUGCUUGCAACAUUCGUUCUAGCAACAUCUAUGAUACGAAUGAUCGGUUCUCAAGGGAGUAAAAACAAGAAUUUCCGAAAAGUACAAUUAUUAUAUUAUACAGCUUACUUUGCUAUAAUUAUUCCUGAUUCAAUAGCAGCAGUUUAUUUCAAUAAGUUUUGGGCGCUGAGAGGAUUCCAGAAACAAGUAAUUAAUAGUCUGAAUUUAGUAAUUCAAUUCGCAUCAAUAUUCAGUAGCAUAGUUUGUGGUCCAUCACUUGACAAACUCGGUAACACAGUUGUUAUCUACUCUAGCAUCAUUGCAAAGUUAUUUUCAUUAAUAAUUUUUAUAUUUACUACUUCAGCUGACUUUGCUUUUAUUGGUAGAUUCCUCUGGGGAAUAUCCUUGAUCUUUUCCAAGAUCUCUUUUGAUCAUUGGUUAGUCGAAUUAACAAUGAUUUACGAAUUUUCUCCAAUUGACCAUAGUAUCCUGAUAGAACGAAGAUCUUUGAUUAACCUAUUAAUAGAUAUGACAAUUACCAAAAUCGUUGACUCGUCCGCUCAAAAAUUAGGUGUAUUGAAUUUGAUGAAAUACAUUUUAUUCGCUGAUUUUAUGUUAUUCGUGCCGCUCUACUUUGUUGUGAAUUCUACCAAUUCGAAAUCAGCUCCAAAAGCUGAAGUUUCAAAAGAAAUCCAAAAAGAUUCACAAAAAAUUGACGCAAGAUCAAUCGUAACAGCAUUUGUUGAUACAAUAUAUUGCAUGGCAACUAAUCUAUUCAAGCAGUUGCUAUCAACAAACUUUAUAAAUCAGAAUUUACCAUUUUCUAUGAUUAUGGCAACAUAUACUGUAUCGUUAGCGAUUGGAAACUCCGCAACUAUGAUUGUGUUGUCUUAUUUGUCAAAUACGACAAUUUUAUAUAUUAUUUUAAUUUUAUUUGCCGUUGCCAGCACUUUUGGUUUCAUAUUUGCUGACAACGACUUCUUUGCUUUCCUCACCGUCAUAGCUCUUGGCUUCUUGGAUGGUUUAGCCGUUCCAAUUAUGGUUUCAGCAAGAAGUGAAGCGUUUCCUUCAUCGUAUCGCGGAAGAUUCUUAUCAGGAAUAAGAGCUUCAGGUGCAAUUCUGUCUGUCAUCGUUACUUAUAUCAUGAAAUACACGACAGAAUCUUCUUAUUUGUUAUUUAAUGCGAUCAUGUUUGUAUUAUGUAUUAUAUCUUAUAGAUACCAAGAUAGAGUCUUUACGUUCUGCAAAUAUUUCUUCAAGAUGUUCCAAAAUACUCCGAAGAAAUCAGAUUAA